CCGAAACUUAGACACGGAAGUUUGUAACAUUUCCUCUGUUUUCUGUGUGUGUCAUAAACAACAACUAAGAAACUCGUAUUUGUUGAACAUGGUUUCGUGUAAAUUGCCUCCAGUCGAAUAAACGGAGGAUUCGAGGCGUUCCGUCGCUCAUAAAAGAAGCUGAAGUGUUCCGGGAGACACAGCAGCUUCCGGGAGAGAUGGAGGAGCUCUACACCUUAGAGAGGGAGGUGGGACGAGGCAGUUACGGUGUGGUGUUUGAGGGCCGUGUGGCCAAAACUGGACAGAAGGUGGCUAUUAAGCGGCUGCCCUGCAGCAACCCAGAGUGUAUUGAACUCUACUUGCAAGAGCUGUGGGCCAUGAGAACCACAGCCAGGAACCACGUCAAUGUCAUUGCACUGCACAGCUGCCUCCUGCAGACGGGGUCCAGGAGCCUGAAGACCUUAAAACCAGGGAACCUGCCCCUGCGUCUGGUUGAGAGCGUGCUCAAAGGAAGUGUGGUCACAGCAAAGCAAAGUCAGGAAAGCACCAGUCCUCAGUCUAACACCAGGAGGACAAACUCUGGCUUCAGACUGCAGGACAGGACUAACACUGUGCAGGCCAGAGCUCAUCUCCAUAACAAGGAUGAAUCAAAUGCAUCUGAGUCCACAACCCCUCAAAGGCCUCAGAGCAGAGUCAGGAAGAGACCGGCCCCGAGGGAGGAAGAGCAGGCUGCGCCGCUGCGCUGCUUGGCCCUGUGGCUCGUGAUGGAGUACUGUGAUGGAGGAGACUUGAAUCAGUACCUGCUCUCCAGGCCCCCAGAUGCUCAGCGUAACCACAGCGUGGUGCAACAGCUGUGCGGCGCCGUGGCCUUCCUACAUAGCCUGGGAAUCACCCACCGGGACCUGAAACCUGACAAUGUGCUGGUGUGUGUGACACCAAAAGGCCCCGUCGUCAAGGUGGCAGAUUUUGGUCUGAGCAAAAUGAGUGAGGGCUCCGUGGAUGGCGGCUUGACCAGACAGCACUUCUCCUCCACCUGUGGUUCGGACUUCUACAUGGCUCCAGAGGUGUGGGGCGGGCUGACCUACACGGCCCAGGCAGACAUAUUCUCUCUGGGCGUGAUGUUCUGGGCGGUCCUGGAGAGAAUCACCUUUCUGGAAGAAGGGACGACUCAGGAACAACUGGGUAAGCGUCUCGCUGAGAGAAGACGUCACCAUAAGCCUCUGCCUCACUAUUUGGCGCACUCGCAGGAAGGUGGGAAAGGUUGAGUGUGCGGUCGGCCCGGUGAUGAUGCAUCGCGCUGAAUCCAGUUUGCCUUAAUUAAGUGGCACAUAUUAAAAAUGUCAGCUGCUAUACAUCAUUCAUUUAUCAAGCAUGGAUGGUGCGAUCAUAAAUCUAAAUAGCAAAAAGAUGAAUGAUGAUUUAUGCAAUGCUGAUGUGGAUUAUAGUACCUUGUGUUUUAAUACAAGCUGACAUUAUGUAAUUCAGCCUUCAUCUUAUUAAUAAUUUAAGAAAUCUGCGUGUUCGUCCGUUCUCGCAUCUUUGCUCCAGACCUGAGGAAGUUUUAAUGAUCGCUGGCUCUCCACAGUGACUGCUGCCCACUCAGUAAGAGCCAUAACAAGAGGGAGAUGCAGCAUUCAGAAAUAAACUGAGAUCUCUGAAUCCCACAACAGCAAAGUGGUGAAAGUGUAACUUUCAGCAGAAAUAAAAGCACUUUUAAAAACGA